AUGCGGAUCCGCAGGUCUGCCGCCCGCCUGCUCGGCUCCGCCUACCCCGCCCCCGCGCCGCCCCAAUCCGAGCACCCACCCCCGCCGCCGCCAGUGCGGCAGCCCUGCUCCUCCCGCGCUGGGGGCGGCGGGUUCACGGCCGGAGGGGCCUCCUCCGCGGAGGCGGAGCGGUGCGAGCUCAGCCGGUCGCCGUGGGAGCUCAUGGCCCAGCUCGACCCCUCCGAUCCCAAGGAGGUGGAACUCUUCAUGGGGAGAUACUUCGUCAGUGUCGCAUGCCGUACCAACUGGCUCUUCCAGGCCAGCAUUGAUCUUGCGGCCUCAAUCAAGGGGGAGGAGCAAGAUGACUGGAAGGAGGAGCACCUGGCGGGAGAUAUGGUUGCCGAGGUCUUUGCCAAACGGCAGCAUAAGGUUGCCAAGAAGAAGGUUGCGGAAAAAACGGUCAUGGAAAACAGAGGGGAUGACAAGUUUGUGUGGGGACUGAAGAAGUCCACGGAAAUUCAGAGUGAGGAUGACGACUUCGUGGCUGCCGGAGGAGAACUUUGGCUGUGCAAGAAGAACGACGGCAAGAGGAGGUUUUGCCGGCGGCCGGUGAGCCAGCCCGAUUCCCUUUGCGUGUAUCACUCGGAUCCUAAGUAUGCGCCGCCACCGGCUUCAUCAGCAGCCUCCAAACUCUCCAGCAGCUCCAAGCCACGUAAGAGGAGGCGUGUCGAUGCAGGUGAGGGGUACUUAUACUACGCCGGGUUCGGCCCGUCCCUCGGCAAGAGGCAGAGAUCAAGCAGCAGUGUGCUGGAAUCUGUACCUGCUGAACAAAAGGAGGAGGCACAGCUGCCUGAAGAGCAUGCUGCAGCUCCAGCCCAAACUGAUGAUGCAGACAAUCAAGCGGCAUCAGCACACGUUGAUGAGCCUAGGUGCGAUGAGAUGGCUGGGAUUGCGGGUGGCGACGAGGAGAGCAGCGACGACGCACUUGGCUGCAACGAUGAACCCCGGGUUGUUGGCGUCAAAGGCAACAUCAAGAGGAAGAGCCCAUUUAAGAAGAGGUGGAGGAAGCCUGUGAAAGCUCGCUCACUCAAGUCAUUGAUGUGUUAGCACGCUUAUACCUGUACAUAUGCCCAAUUGGUUCUCCAUGGUACGUAUUCAUAUGUACUACAUUAUCCAACAAAUCACACUACCAUCGUGCUAGUGUAUUUGUAAUAUAUUGUUCCAUAAAUUAAAUUCAGAAGCAUAUAUGACCAUUCA